UGAAUUGGCAGUCAGCUUUUCAACGGAACACCUUGGAAAGCAGGCAAGCAUGGCCGCCAGACAGACGAAGAAGGGCGGCGGUAGUGGCGACGGUGGCGGUCGCAGGCACGCUGCACCCGUCUCGGAUCCGCGGUUUGCACGAGUACAGACAGACCCUCGCUUCUUGCAGCCCAAACGGCAGGACUUGAAAGUAUCCCUCGACGAGCGCUUCAGCCAUUUACUCUCCAAGAAUGGCAAGCAGCAGGAUGGAAAAACUGGUGAAAAAGCCAAGGGCAAGGCAAGGCCAAAGGUUGACAGGUUCGGAAGACCGCUCAAAGGACCCGGACAAAAGGAAGAUGCAGACGCUGAGCUCAGACGGAUUUACAAGGUUGAAGGCGAGGAAGAAAGCAAUGCUGAUUCCGAUGUGGGUCACUCCAAUCAUGAAGAAGGUUCUGAUGAGAGUGGAGCGUCAGACGGCAGAGUUCUCGACUAUGCACGUGGUGAGGGACUGCUCGAAUCGUCAAGCGACGAAGAGUCCGACAGCGAAGACGAGGACGAUGAUUCCAUUACGGAUGACUCUGAAGCGGAAGACGACGGAGAAGUCAUCAUUGGCACCAAAAAUGCUAUCCGAAAGGCGCAAAAAGCCGCUGCGUCUGCUCCCUCUUUCGAUGAAGAAGAGGACGGAGAUGAAGCCGAUAGCGACGACGAGGCGGCAAUCAGUAGCGGCGCAGAAGAGCUGUUGGCCGGUGCUGAGGAUGAAUUGGAUCCUUCAGCGAUAGCAUUGCUCGAUGCAGAGGCGGAGAGAGUCACGAGCGGUUUUGCCGGAUCCAGCAAGGCAGACGGAAAGAAGAGCAAGUGCGGCACCAAGGCUGACGGUAAAAGCAAAGCUGGCGAAGACGUGGACGAAGAAGCUGAAGACGGCAUUCCGCGAGGAGGCGACACAUCACGCCUGGCGGUGGUUAAUCUCGACUGGGACCACAUUCGCGCGCGGGAUCUCUUCAAAGUCUUCUCCUCCGUUGUCAACCCUCUCGCAACUGCAGCUGCGCGCACGGGAAAUAGCGCCAGAGGACAAGGGAAUACUCGCAAGGGCGAAGCGAUUCACAUGGCGCGUGGCAAGUGCCUGCGCGUUCGUGUUUAUCCGAGUGACUUCGGACGCGAGCGCAUGCGCAAAGAAGAUCGAGAGGGGCCGCCACGUGAUAUCUUCUCCAGUGCGUCUGGAGAGGGUAGCUCCAAAAAGAAAAGUGACAAGCGAAAGGGCAGGAAAGGGAAAGGAAAGGGCAAGGCGGGUGAGAGUGAAGACGAUGACGACGAACUCUUUCAAGUAGACGAGGGUGGCGAGUUUGACGAGGAGCAAUUGAGAAAGUAUCAGCUCGAGCGCCUAAGGUACUACUACGCGAUAGCUGACUUUGACUCGCCUGCCUCGGCACGACACGUUUACAACGAGAUUGACGGUACGGAGAUGGAAGCAUCUGCUAAUAUUUUCGACCUGCGUUUUGUGCCGGGCGACAUGAGUUUCCCUGAGUAUGAGCUCGACGACCCGCGCCACCCGGACCCCGAGACGCGCGAUGCCGGCUGGCGCGACGAGGCCACUGCCUCAGCGGAGGGGAUAGACAGCGCUGCAGCUGCUGCGUACAAAGGCGUCGACUUCAAGACGGAUGCGCUGCGGCACUCGAAGGUUAAGCUUACAUGGGACGCAGAUGACCCAGAACGGGCAAAGAUGACGCGCAAGAGUCGCAAUGCGCUGCUUGCUGGUGGAAGCGACAUCAGGGACGAGGAUUUCAAGGCUUACCUUGCUUCUGAUCAUUCCGACGUCGACGAGGAUGAUCAGGACGAUGGGGAGCACGAUGAGCAAGAGCUUGGAGCAGAGGCGAAGAGCGGUCGUGAUAGGUUGCGUGCUCUGCUCAAUCUCGAUGGCAGCGGCGAAGGCAGCGGCUUCGAUAGCAAGCAAGGCCGCGGCAAAGCGCGCAGCAGUGCUUUCGACGACCCUCGCCGAUUACGUAAUUGCACGGGGGGUGCUGAGGAGGAAGGUGACAUGGAAAUCACAUUCACACCUGGGCUCUCGGAGGCUGCAGCGCGCAAAGCGCAGAAGAAGAGCAAGGGCACAUGCGCAGAAGAGGACGAAGAGACCACCUUGGAGAAAUACCUUCGCAAGCAGAAGGAGAAGCGCCAGGCAAAGAAGGAGGCGCGUCUGGCGAAGCAAAGUGCAGACCCCACGGUGGACGACGAGGGCAGUGCAAAGAUACAGGAGACUGGUGCAGAUUCGCUUGGCUUUGACGACCCUUUCUUCGCUAGCGACAACGAUGUGGACUUCGACGAGGCGUUGGCUGCCGAGCAGAAGGGCAAGAAAAUGCCACAACUUAUGAAAAAUGGCAAGGCUUACAAAAAGGAUUCGUCUAAGGUUGCCAGCGUAGACGGCGUGCACGGUGGUGCAUCCUCACCUGCCGAUCUCGGAGCGCUUCUGGACACUGAAGCUGCCCCCGAGUCAGGCGUCGGGCACUUUGAUAUGAAGGACAUCCUGCGCGCCGAAAAAGAGAACUCAAGGGGGAAAAAGAAGCAGAACCGCUUCGAGAAGCGACGGGCGAAGAAAGAUGUGGCGAAUGCGGACAAGGAUGUGCGUGAGGUGGCGCUGCAGGAGGACUUCAAACUUGACGCACACGACGAUCGCUUCAAGGCCAUUUUCGAGGAUCAUCGGUUCGCACUCGAUCCGAGUCACAAGAGCUUCCUCAAGACCAAGGGCAUGGACGAGAUUCUUCGAGCCAAGAGAGAAGCUGGGAAGCGCAAGGUUGGCAGCGUUAGUGAUGCGCCAGCAGAAAGGGGACAAACUGCUUCGUCAGCGCCGAGUGCGCAAGGAGGUGCCGGCUCUGAUGACUUGCUGUAUCUCGCGCGCAAGCUCAAAAAGCGCAGCGGUGAACAGAAUCAGGGCAAGGAUGGUGCAAGCCAGAAGAAGCAGCGCAGAGGGUGAUGCAGGAUCCACAUCAUACUGUUUUAUAGAAUUGAGCGUCAAAGCAAUACAGGCUACU